AUGGCCCCCAUACUCCCGGAGUCAGUGGAGGAGCUCCGCGCCACCGGCAACCAGAGCUUCCGCAACGGCCAGUUCGCCGAGGCCGCCACACUCUACAGCCGCGCGCUGCGGAUGUUGCAGGAACAAGGUUCUUCGGACCCAGAAAAAGAAAGUGUUCUCUACUCUAACCGAGCAGCCUGCCACCUGAAGGACGGGAACUGCACCGACUGCAUCAAGGACUGCACUUCAGCACUGGCCCUGGUUCCCUUCAGCAUGAAGCCCCUGCUGCGGCGCGCGUCAGCCUACGAGGCCCUGGAGAAGUACCCCCUGGCCUACGUGGACUACGUGACCGUGCUGCAGAUCGAUGACAGCGUGACAUCAGCCUUGGAAGGCAGCAGCAGAAUGACCAGAGCUCUCAUGGAUUCCUUUGGGCCCGAGUGGCGCCUGAAGCUGCCCUCUAUUCCCUUGGUGCCCGUUUCAUCUCAGAAGAGGUGGGAGUGUCUGCCUUUGGAAAACCACAAAGAGACAUCUAAAAGCAAAUCCAAAGAAACCACAACCGUGAAGAGCAGAGUGCCUUCUGCUGGGGAUAUGGAGAGAGCCAGAGCUCUGAAGGAGGAAGGCAAUGAGCUUGUAAAGAAGGGGAACCAUAAGCAAGCGAUUGAGAAGUACAGUGAGAGCCUCUGGUUUAGUAACUUGGAAUCCGCCACGUACAGCAACAGAGCGCUCUGCCAUCUGCAGCUGAAGCAGUUCCAGGAGGCGGUGAAGGACUGCACAGAAGCCCUCAGGCUAGACGGAAAGAAUGUGAAGGCGUUCUACCGCCGGGCUCAAGCCUACAAGGCUCUCAAGGACUUCAGAUCCAGCUUUGCAGACAUCGACAGCCUCCUGGAGAUAGAGCCUAGGAACGGCCCUGCGCGGAAGUUGCGGCAGGAGGUUAACCGGAGCUUAAACUAA